AUGACGAGCCUAAGAGAGGGAGAUCCUGUCUGGCACUUUUCCGAGGCCAUUGAAGACAAAUCGGAGUCCAUGAGAACAAGCCAUUUCAUGAAAACUCAUCUAAUAUUUUUUAGUGGCACCCAAAACAUUCUGGAAAUUCUGAGAAAUGUUCUUGAGAAAGUUAAUGAUAACCAUAUCAACAAAGAUUGCUUUGAAGGGAAAUCAUUAGAGCCUUUGGACGGAAUCACUUACAAAUUUUUCAGUUUUUUCAGCUGCCCAACAUAUUCUGGGAUCUCUCCAAAUAUUAAGCAAUUUCUCAAGAUCCUGCAUUUUUUAAAUUUUUGUCAAGUGUUUAUUAUCGAUGUUGAAUACAAAUCAAAGGAUAAGAGUUCCAACAGAAAAACACAUGAUAUUAGAACUUCAACUCACAAUGUUUUCAUGGAUUCCAUAUCACUCAGUUCUGGGAAAGAAGACCCUCUUCCUGUUAAGUCACUGAUCCUCCUACAAGUUCAUAAGGCAGAGAAACAAUCUGUUUCUGAGGGUGGUUAUGUUGGUAAGGACUUUCGGGAAUGGACCAGACAAUCGAUUCCCCAUAAUAGAGCUGCAUAG